UAUAUUUACAAGGAACUAGUAAUAAGCGUGCGUAUGUCGCCCCGUGGUACAACGCUACAACCGUGAGCUGUCAGAUAUGAGUGUUUUCCUGGAGAGAGUUUCCUGCGUUCUCUUUUUAGGACUUCUGUUACGAUCAUACCUGCCCCAGGGUACAUCAACGAAGUAUACACUGGAUAUGGCCACAUCUUUGAAAGAUACAUGUAUAAGAAAUUGGCCUAACCUCGCCCUGAAGAAACCAUCACGGAUCUCCUCACUGUGGAAGCGUAAACACGUAGCGGGCCUGGCGAACGAUGGCAAUACGAAUGGGAACCUCCGAUUCUGCGCCUGCACAGCCGAAUAUCAGUACAAGGACAACUGGUGGACUGUCGAUCUUGGUGCCACCUACUGGGUGGUGGCGAUAGAACUUUGGAACAGAGCAAAUUCCUCAUUCCGGUUGACACAUUUCGAUGUCAUAGUGACCGAUGUAGCGCCUCCCCCUGCGGUCAUUAAUGAUGUCACUCUCUGCUAUCACCAUGGUAGCACAACAAUCCCUGCGAAUAUUGGGUUCUUCAGGAAAUGCAGAAAACCCAUCGCUGGGAAUCAUCUCACCAUCAGCAAGAAGGUCCCGUCCACGGAACACCUUACGCUGUGUGAGGUUCGAGUGUUCGGGCUUAUAAAACAAAGCCAAGCUGUCGAUGGCAACAAGUUGACAAAGAAAAUCCAUGUCCGGAGCCUGCUCGGGUGCUCAGUUCGGUGCUUGGAGAUCGCUUCGCCAUGUAUAGAGUACGAUUACAACGAGGGGACAGGACUUUGUCGAUUUGAAGAGCCCAAGGACAGGCAGAUUUUUUGUUCUGCGUCGAAGUUUGAGGAAUACCAUUGGAAUUUGAAACCUUAGGCAGUCGAUCAGUGAAUAUUUGAUAUUCUUUUACUUCACCAUUAUUAUCUCCGAGCAAUGCUCUGCUGUGAUUGGUGCCGAAGUAUCAUUUAGGUUUUCGAUUUGUCAAUAUAAUAUGACGUCAUAAAAGUACCGUGACUGUUGUGACUGUUUGGUUGAUAAGUUUAUGGGAAAAGUCUGAUUACAGUAACGUUGUCUUUUAAAUUGACUCUUUAAUCCGGUGAACCUUUCAAGCAGUAGUUUUCAGAUGAGCUCCAAUGUCAACGACUCAACCUGAAAAUUUCAGACCGUCCUCAUUACACCCGAGUAGGCCUACUUGGCAAGUUCGACAAAAACACUUGCCUAAAGUCACACGCACGCCGACCGUGGGAAUCAAAUCAGGGACCAUACGACCGCUCCUUCAGAGUCCGAGCCACUAGUCCAAAGCGGCGAUAUCACGAAUAAGUUAGAAGCAUAUUCGCCUUGAUAGAAAAUUUCUGGAUGACACUGGUAUCUAACCGCCAACUUUUGAGUGUAUAGCCACACAAUAUAGAAGUGAACUACUAAUGGACCAAUUGCAAAGUGUUGAUUAUCUUUAAAUGGAUAAAACGUAGUUAAUGGAAUGAAUGAUUUUGUCUACCGGUGCGGUACAUUUCACUACAUCUUCUACUUGUUUCGCAAUCGACAGAUCGAAAGUAAUUACAGCAGCCACAGACAAUAUAGAUUUAUUUUAUUUCAAUCUUUAUUGUAAUUAACAGUGCAUGAAAUGUCAAUUUCUCUUGCACAUUUUUACUGAUAAGGCGAUCUCGUUAAUGGACAAGUUGAAGCUAAUUCUUCUACUUCCUGUCUUGGUUCACAAUUUAUAUUUACCAGGACCUUGUAAUGAGCGUGUGCAUUGUCAUUGGUGUGACUCUGAAUCACGGUUUUUUACUAUCAGGUAAGGUUUGCCCCUCAGUGCAGUGGGUAGAAUAAAUAGCGUCAUAGUAUCCGAAAGGUGGCCUGGCGAUAUUGUUCUACACUGGGACUCUCUCUUUAAAUUAAAAGGUCUUGCCCCUUGGGUAGAAUAUGUCGCCCCGUGGUACUGCAAGCUGUCAGGCAAGAUUUACCCCUGCGGUAGAAUAAUGUUGCCUUGGUCUUUACAUCACACCUUCCGGUAAUAACCAACGAUCUUGGAAACGCCGUAGUUCUAUAUAUCCAACCAAGGAAGUUAAAUAGUACCUCAAUGAUCAAACAUGCGGCGAGAUCCUUCUGCAAUGUUCCCCUGUCAGGUGAGAUCUUCCCUUGGAGGAUAAUAUGUCGCCCCGAAGUUCAUCACCUUAUGUUCGGAAUAAACGCAUUCAACACGGCCAAUUUUGUUUCUGAUCUGUCACGCAUCAAAUCUUCGUUCUAUAUCGGUCCACGGGAUAAAAACGUGAUGAAGAUGAGCAGCGGGCAAUCAAUGUUUGCCCUCGAGUUAGAUCUGAUUAGGCUUGUUAUUGAGUUACAACUGGUGGCAAUGUUGACCAAAGAUGGCCAUAUCGUAUGUGAGCCCAAAGACGUCCAAAAAACACUACACACAGAACCCAUCCAGACUAUUAACCCUUUGGGAAAGAUAUCUUUGGCGGGCAUCACGUUAUGUUAUGAUUGUCAGAACCAACUCCGAGUAAGUUCACUUGACAGGUCAGUUUAUGGUUUAUCAAAUUUUGAAGAAAAAUUCAUUUUGAAAAUUUGAAAAAAAAUGUACCGGUAGCGGGGUCGGGCGCCAUUGUUCCUCUGAAUGGGCCUAAAAUUCACCUGAUAUACGUUGGGGAGUUGGGAUAUGAUACUGAUAAGAGAAACUUAAGUCAAAUUUCUUCGCGCCACUCGCUCUCAUUUCCCGAUUUCAUUGAAAUAGUUUGAUUCUCGAAAUAUUGAUGGGAAAGAGCCUCUAUCGCGUGAUGUGAUGAGACGAGAGGCGCCUAGAGCGUGGUGCGGGCACGUGUCCGCUACUUGAAUGCGUUUAGCAUAUGGCGUGUUGCAUUUGUGGUAUUCCCGGGGGCUUAUUGCGUGGAUUUUGGCGAGAUAAGGGGGUCUAUUCGCUACGCGGAGGUCACGCUCUGUCCUCCGAAGAAACGCCCCCUAUCACGCUUUUUUGGUACAAGGAUGCUCUG